AACAGGAAGCGGAGAAAUGGCGACGGGGAGCACGGAGCUGUUGAUAGGAUGGUGCAUUUUCGGGGUGCUAUUACUGGCUAUUUUGGCCUUUUGCUGGGUUUAUGUCCGAAAAUACCAAAGCCAUCAGGAAAGUGAAGUGAUUUCAACUAUAACAGCGAUAUCAUCACUAGCUAUUGCACUUAUCACUUCAGCACUUUUGCCUGUGGACAUUUUUCUUGUUUCUUUUAUGAAGAAUCAUAAUGGAACGUUCAAGGACUGGGCUGAAAACAAUGACACACGAAUACAAAUAGAGAACACGGUAUUAAUUGGCUAUUACACAUUGUAUUCUAUCAUACUUUUCUGCGUGUUCUUGUGGAUACCUUUUGUGUACUUCUAUUAUGAAGAAAAGGAUGAUACAGAUGGAAGCCAUUGCUCUCAAAUAGGCAGUGCUUUGAAGUACACAUCUGGGUUUGUUCUGGUCUGCUCGUGUUUGCUGCUUAUUGGGGCUUUUGCACCUUUGGAUAUCCCCAGCAAAGCGAAUGCCACAGAGCUGGAUAAAAUUAAGCUUUUAUUUCAGAAUCUCGGGAGCAGCAAUGGUUUGGCUGCCUUGUCAUUUUCUAUUAGUUCAUUGACCUUGAUAGGAAUGCUAGCAGCAAUCACCUACACAGCAUAUGGGAUGUCUGCAUUACCAUUAAAUUUGAUUAAAGGUAAAAGAAAUGCACAUUAUGAACGUUUAGAAAACUCUGAAGACAUAGAAGAAGUGGAACAACAAGUGGAAAAUAUUAAGUCAAAGUGUAAGGAUGGGAGACCAUUAUCUAGCAAGGACAGACAAGCCUUAUACAAACUACAAGAAAAGCUGAGGACAUUGAAAAGGAAAGACAGGCAUCUUGAACAUCAUGAAAAUAAUUGCUGGACAAAAUGUUGCCUUGUCAUGAGACCAUUUAAGAUUGUUUGGGGAAUCCUUUUCAUCCUGGUGGCCCUUUUAUUCAUAGUUUCACUUUUCCUCUCCAAUUUGGAUAAAGCUCUUCACUCUGCUGGAAUUAAUACUGGUUUUAUAAUUUUUGGCACCAACCUAACAAAUCCUUUGAAUAUUCUUUUGCCUGUUCUACAGACAGUAUUCCCUCUUGACUAUAUCUUUAUUACAACCAUCACAAUGUAUUUUAUUUUCACAUCAAUGGCAGGAAUACGAAACAUGGGCAUAUGGUUCUUUUGGAUAAGGUUGUAUAAAAUUAGAAGAAGGCGGACUCGACCACAAGCUCUCCUGUUUCUCUGCAUGAUCCUUCUUUUGAUUGUUCUACAUACUAGUUACAUGAUUUACAGCCUUGCGCCUCAGUAUGUGAUGUAUGGCAGCCAGAAGUAUCUAUGGGAGAAUAAUAGCACACAGGAGACUGCAAUAGGAAAUUCGUCUGCCUUAGUUUUGAAAGACUGUGAUGCCAGUGCUCCUGAAGAUCAGUGCACAGUUACUCGAACAUAUUUGUUUCUUCACAAGUUUUGGUUCUUCAGUUCCAUCUAUUAUUUCGGAAACUGGGCUUUUAUUGUGGUAUUCGUUAUUGGACUAAUUGUGUCCUGCUGUAAAGGAAAGAAAUCUGUCAUUGAAGGGGAAGUGGAAGAUGACGAUUCUGACCUAAGUGAUGAUGAAGAUCAUCCAUAAACUUAAUCCAAUCUACAUCAUUAACUAACAACUUCUAAAAACUGUUUGGUUUAAAAAAACAAGAGAACUUUUUAGAAAUAAUGGAAAA